AUGAAUUCGCCUUAUGCAAAUGUGCCCCGACCCUCUCCGCGACCAAGCCCAUCUAGUAGGAGACCUUCAACAAUUGCGGAGCUCUCAGAACCUCGUCAGGCCGUUCCUCCACCCCCACCCGCUCCCGUACGUCAUAUCGAUGGUGACCGGCACCGGACUGCUUCCCAAGAGUCUGCACGGAUUACUCGUAAACCCAGCGAUCCUGUCCAAAUACCCGACCUGAAGACUGUGAGCUUGCCACGAGAAUGUCUUCCGCGGUUCCUGUCUAUCCCAUCGCUGAAUAUGGCGCGAAAUCGUGAAACUUUUCGACUGUUGCUUGGACAAGACAAAGGAAAUAAAUUUACUGUCACGACGCUCUUGAUUCAAAGGCAGCACUCGACAAGCGAUACUUGCACUAUGGACGAGGAAGAGCUUAUUCACACGCAUCCUUCACAAUCUUGCUUUAUGUCGUCGGUUGAUCUACAUACACAUUCUGGAUUUCAGCGUAUGCUUCCGGAGUCCUUUGCCGUUGUUUGCGCCCCAAAGUUCACUCCCAACUUUGGAAUUUUCCGCCUCACCGACCCCCCAGGCUUGCAAACAAAUUUGGACUGCAAUGUUAAGGAAGCCUUCCACCUGCACCCAGAGGUGCCGAUCUACACAGACGCAGACAAGGGGCACGUGCAAAUGAAAGACAUCCCGCUGGAGAUCUUGGACUUGCGAUGA